UAAAUAUUACAUUCAUUUAAAAAAUUAAUAUUAUUUAUAUAAAUUUUAAAUUUAUAUUACAAUAAUUGGUAAAGAAUGUGAUAACAAUUUUAUAAGGAAAGGUAGCAUGCUGCAUAAUCAACAGAGGUCACCAAAAAUCGAACGUAGUUAAUGAAAGUUACGAUUGAUGGUAUCAUAGUUGCCAAAUGUAGAUUACCGAAAGAAAGUCUAUAUAAAUCCUUUUUCGAUUUUAUUGUUAUUACUGACAUAAGAAUUUAAUUAUACACAAAUUUUCAUAUGGAUCAAAUAGUUUAUUAAAAUUCGAAGUGAUCUAAUUACAAAGUUAAUAUUGACGUGCAUAGAUACAACGACAUAAAUGACAGUGAUAUAUAAAAAAUAAAUAUCUUGAUAAAAAUGAUGUGGUAAAGAGAGCCUUAUCGUUUUACAAAACCAUCGAAGGAAUUGCAAGGAUGGAAGAAAGCACAAGUUCUGAAAAUGUUUGGUGCAAAACUAAAGCAAAUGAACAAAAUAAUUUAUAUCAUCCAGAAUCCAUAACUCAGUCUAUGGAAGCAAAUUCCACUUCUUUAGCAGAUAUAUUUGAUACAGCAUUUUCAUCUACAGUUGAUCCUUCUCCACAACCAAGAUUUAAUUCAGCCAAUGACAUGGAAUAUGAUCACUUAUUUGCAGAAAGUGAUGUAGAAGAUUUAGAUGUGGUACCUAUUAAUCCUUAUGUAAAUCCUUCUCAUCAUUCUGCUUCAAACAAUAAUUUUGUAUUUGGGACAUAUUUACACGGGCCUGAAACAACAGGAAUUUUACACGAACGUGAUCCUCCAGUAAAACAUAAAAGUAAAAGAAGUGAAGAACGAUCAUUGGAUUAUCAAUCAUCUGAUAAUUUGGAUGUAGCUGGACCAUCUAGAUUGUCAGAUGAAACUUCUAACAAAGUCAUGCAGAAUAUGGAGAAUGACAGUGCCAAUGAAGUUAAUACUUUGUAUCAUUCAGUUUUGCCAAAUACAAUUAAUUCUCAACAACAUUCUACACAUUCAACAAGAAAUGAUGAUACACCAUCAGCGCCUGAUUUACAAUUAGAUUGGUCCUCAAGUAGUGAUGAUGCUACUAGUAGUGAUGAUGAAGAUGGUUCGGUUGAAGUUCUUGUUUCAGUAAAUCAUAAUAAUAAUAAGCAGAAUUCUGUGCAAAAUAAUGAAGAAAAUAAUCGUCCAGUAACUGUAGUUGAUUUGACUGUAGAAUCAGAUGAAGAACAUGCUCCACCAACCCCAACAACUUCGGUUGUAAGUCCAGGAACAACGGAUUAUGUACAUAGUGGGAACAAUACUUAUUGCAUGCAUAGUCCACCAGACUAUGUGUAUCAUGGCCGAUGUAUGCAUCAUAAUUAUAGAAUUCCAAUUCCUGUUAUACCUGUAAGAUACAGUCAAUUACCAGAUGCUUCUACAGGAAUGUUAAGACCACGUAUGCAUCCUGUGCAAGAGAGAUUAUGGAGGAUGCAACAACGUGUACAAGAAGUACAUAGGCGGAGUCUUCAUCCAAGAUUCUCGACACAUCAUAGUAGUACUACAUCAUGCAAUCCACAUGUUCAUCAAGCAAAUCAACAUACGUGUAAUAAUGGAAAUCCUAAUCCUGCAAAUAAUCGUUGCAAUGGUUCGGAAAAUAUGACAUUUGCAGAAAAUUAUUUUCCUCCUCCAAUUUUACCACCACCACAACAACCUACUGUUUAUAGUCAUCCAGAAGCUAGGAGACCACCAAAUGUUAGCCCAUCAUGUCCAGCACAAUCUGUGAUGGAAAAUUCUUUGAAUGGUGUAGAAAUGGAACCAACACCACCAGUUAUGCUGCCUUCAAUGCCAGUUCAUCCUUAUGUACCUCAUAUGUAUCAUCAUUAUGGUCCUCAUCGAAGGCCACCUGGUCCACAACAUAGACACCAUAUUCAUAUUAAUUGGUUGCAACAUCUUCAUUUGCAAGGAUCUGAUGCUCAUGAUACAAUGCCAUUUUCAUCUUUUGGUUUGCUACAUCCAGCACGUCCAAUGUCGGCGCAACUUGAAAAUUAUAUGCGUCUUGUUAAUUUACGGCAUAUGGCUCAUAUUAAUUGUGGAGCAACACAAGAAUCAAUUGAAAAUCACACAUUCCGUUAUAAAUAUAAACGGGAGAAAAAAAUUGAAAAUGAAGAUUCUAUUGAAAAAUGUACUAUAUGUUUAUCUGAAUUUGAAGACUGUGAAAGUGUCAGGAGGCUUCCAUGCAUGCAUUUAUUUCAUAUAGACUGUGUCGAUCAGUGGUUAUGUACUAAUAAACGCUGUCCUAUAUGUCGAGUGGAUAUCGAAACUUUUCUACACAAGGAGCUUGAAAGCACUGCGUAGUUUAAGGUCGAUUUUAAUAAUUUGUUUUUGUUUUUAAGUAUAAUCAGAUAAUAUUCGCAUCUAAAUAUUUUAAAAGAUCCUAUUCAUGAGUAAACCUUUUUCUGACACUGCUAUGAAUGUUGAUGUAAAAAAUUUUACUGUGAAUAAUCAAAAUAUUGAUAAUGGAAUAGAACUAAGUUCCUGAAAUUGUAGGAGAGGUUUGUCUUGAUUUAUUAUCUUUGCAUCCAUGAAUCAUGGAUAUUAAUAGUGUACAUAAAAAUGUUAGGUUUGUUUAUUAUGCGUUAUUAUAUUAAUAAAACAUGUAUUUUGUCUGAUAAUUUAUCUUGUAUGUAAUAUUUCGGAUAAUAACAAAUUGUUAGAUUAUAUGAAACAUAUGAAGUGAUAUAA